AAAUCAUCAAUUUCCGGUUUCACGUUCUUUGCUUUAAAAGAACUCUAGUGAAUGUUAGUCUAUUUAUAUAUGAGUUGGACCUAACCUUGCGCUAAUUUGUCAUCUACAUGGAAAGAACCGUUCGUGCAAUAAUAAUUCACAGUGCAGUAUUUAUAGAUAAUACGCCCUGGAUAAUGUCUUUAUCGCGGCGCGAAAUGUCACCAUCGUCCCGUACAUAAGAAUUUUCACGAACGCAGCUCGUCGCGCCAUUUCACGUGAGCGCACGAUGAAGUGUCAUUCUGUGAAAAAUAUUCGUGUGCCAUAAAAUAAUAUCUCUAUCCACCGAAUGAUUACAUUUAGAUUGCUGCUUCCUGCGGUGAGAAGUGAGUGAUAUUUAAGAAUAAUUUAUAUGUGUAUACCUACUUAAAACAAUGAUGGAGUUGAGCCAUAGUCUUACCCUCAAUGAGGAUGCGCUUAAUCAAAUACCGGAGGCGAAACGACCGGUCUUUAUUUUCGAAUGGUUGCGUUUCCUGGACAAAGUUUUGGUUGCUGCACAAAAGAAUGAUAUUAAGGGAUGUCAGCAAAAGUUAGUUGAGCAGUUGACCAGACAUAUGCAGGGUGCUCCUGGUCCACCCACGCGGCGUCUUAUAGCGAGAUGUCUCGCUACUUUAUUCAGUGUUGGUGAUACAUUCUUGCUCUUCGACACUGUCAACAAAUGCAAUGAUAUCUUGAGGAAUAAAGAUGAUUCACCAAGCUUUUUACCCACAAAAUUAGCUGCUAUUUGCUGUGUGGGAUGUAUGUAUGAGAAGUUGGGAAGAAUGAUGGGCAGGUCAUAUGAGGAGACUGUGCAGAUUCUAAUCAAGUCUUUACGCUCUGCUGAGUCACAAACACGGAUAGAAAUCAUGCACACAUUGGAAAAAGUAUGCGCUGGCAUGGGAUCAGCAAUAACUAAUGUACACAAGGAGAUAUACAAAGUUUCCAGGCAUUAUUUAACAGACAGAGUAAUGGCGGUGAGAUGUGCCGCCGCCAAGUGCUUGUUGGAAAUGUUAAAUCACGCUCCGUUCUUAUAUACUACUGAAAUUGAAAGCGUUGCGACAUUGUGCUUCCGAGCAUUUGAGGGCUCAAAUUACGAAGUAAGAUGCUCUGUCGCUAAACUACUGGGCACUUUAGUAGCAAUGACGCAGCUUCCGUCUCCCAAAAUUAAGAAUCUUAUAGUCUCGCACAACAAAGGUGUUAAACAAACAUCGCUCGAGGAGGUGUUAAAUAUUCUCAUGUCUGGAUUUUUGAGAGGCGGCGUCGGGUUUCUGAAAGGAACGGGUGAGAUAAUAAAAGGAAGCUCCAGCGUGAAUAGAGAAGUGCGAGUUGGUGUGACACACGCGUACGUGGUGUUCGUUCAAAUGUUGGGCGGCACGUGGCUGGAACGCAAUGUCGGCACAUUAAUCGCGCAUGUUUUAGACCUGGUCACGAAUCCAAAAGCCGCCAGCUCGCACGUCGAAGCGGUGUACUCGCGCAAAUGCGUGAACUUUAUAUUGCGCGGCACCGUCGGCAAACUGCUAGGCGAAGGCGCUCAGGCCGCCGCUUGCAAGGAGAUAGCGCAUAUUAUUCUGAAGCAGAUGAAUUCCAUCGAUUUCAGCCCGGAAAACGCCAAGGAUUGCAAUCAGGAGACGUUGUUCAGUCAACAUUUAUUGGUGUGCGCUUUGCAAGAAAUGGGCAGUUUAAUUCUGGGUUUGGGCACCACGGCCACAAAUUUGUUAUCCGAUCAAUCUCUGAGUUUAAUCGACACCAUAAUGGCCGUCUUGGUGCAUCCAUGUCAAGCGGCUAGACUGGCGGCUUCCUGGUGUUUACGAUGCAUCUGCGUGGCAGUACCGAGUCAGAUAACGCCGUUGAUCGACCGCUGCGUCGAUGGAAUCGAAAACAUGCGCAGCUCACCGGAAGCUAUAGCCGGUUAUAGCAGCGCUCUUGCCGCGGUACUAGGAAGCGUUCGUCUGUCACCUUUGGGAGUUCCUCACACUAAGGGAAAGAUAAUUUUCAAUACUGCGGAAGAACUUUUAAGAAGCGCAAGUCAAAACAGUCGAUUGUCUUUAAAUCGCACGCACGCAGGAUGGCUCUUGAUAGGAGCGAUAAUGACUUUAGGCACAGCAGUGGUGAAGGGCUUGUUGCCGAGAAUGUUACUUUUGUGGAGAAACUCCUUCCCGCGUUCGACCAAGGAACUCGAAAGCGAGAAGGCGCGCGGCGAUGCUUUCACAUGGCAAGUGACUCUGGAAGGACGUGCCGGUGCGCUGUCGGCUAUGUACAGCUUCUUGUUACACUGUCCGGAGCUUCUGAACGACGAUAUUACGCGGCGACUGCUUACGCCGGUCGAAUCCGCUCUGGCAAUGCUGACAAGUUUGUCACCCGUUUUGAAAAAUUACGGCCAACAGUUGAAGGCUCCCGCGGCUAUGGUGCGUUUGCGCUUGUAUGAAACGUUAUUGCUAUUGCCACCGCAAACUUUCGAAGGUUCUUACACGUAUCUUCUAAGAAUGCUGGUGUCGGAGUUCACGCUGACAGAUAAUCCUGGAAACACGACUACUUCCUUGUUGCGCGUAGUUUGCCACGCAAACGAUUCUGUGAUCCUCGGUACUUGGCUGCAGGAGACUGAUCAUCGCACAAUAGAAGAUCAAAUGGAACCGAACAGAAGGGCAGAUUUGGAACAUCUCCAACCAAACAGUGCUGCAGGAUCCGGAGCAUUGGAACAUAAUACAUGCUGUCUUUACAGACCAAUAUCAAAUAUCGAGAUAAUUCCUGGUCCUUUGCCGUUGGGCGUAGCGGUAAUCGACUUAUCAGUCAUGUUAUUUGGUCAAAUAUUCCCGCGUGUAGCGAAUAAGCACAGAUUGCAGAUGCUGGAUCAUUUCAGUGAAUGCAUAAAACACACCAAGUCCGGUAGACAAGAGGCGAUACAGAUGAAUGUAUUCACGGCUGUGUUAAGCGGUUUAAAGGGACUCAACGAGGCGAAAAUGGGCUUCGGGCAAGAAGACGUCAAGAAGUCCGCCACUAAUCUUAUCAUCAGCACACUGGUCAGCGGCAAUCCUAUUCUGCGAUGGGCAGCGGGCGAAGCGGUCGGCAGAAUGGCUCAAGUGAUCUCCGAUCCCAAGUUCACCGCGGAAUUGGCGCAGACCAGUUUCGAUCGUCUGAAAUCGGCUCGCGACGUCGUCAGCAGAACCGGCCACUCGCUGGCGUUGGGCUGCCUUCAUAAGUACGUCGGCGGAAUGGGCUCGAGUCAACAUCUUAACACCAGCGUCAGCAUCUUACUUGCGCUCGCGCAGGAUAAUUCGUCUCCUGUAGUACAAGUUUGGGCACUGCAUGCUCUGUCUCUGAUAGCUGACUCCGGCGGACCAAUGUUCAGAGGAUACGUGGAACCUACGCUGUCCUUAGCGCUGACUCUCCUUCUCAAUGUUCCUCACUCUUACAUCGAUGUGCACCAGUGCAUCGGGAAAGUUUUAUCGGCGCUUAUCACGACGAUAGGACCAGAAUUGCAAGGCAAUACGUCGACGAUUUGUAUGGCGCGGUCGUCAUUUUUGUGCGCGUGUGCCAUUAUGCAAGAUCAUCAGGAUCCGCUCGUUCAAGCCGAGGCAACCGGCUGUCUUCAGCAGUUACAUCUCUUCGCACCCAGACACGUCAAUUUAUCUUCUCUCGUUCCUACAUUAUGCCGUACUUUGUCGAGCAAUCACUUGCUUCUGCGUAAAGCUGCAAUAUCGUGCCUCCGGCAACUCGCUCAGCGCGAAGCGAAGGAGGUGUGCGAGCACGCGAUGACGCUGGCGAAUGAAAGCAGGGACACUAACGUGGUGGAGGGUCUCGUUAUUACAGAGACCGGUCUUCCGGGCGUGCUGUUCAGUAUGCUGGAUACGGAAACCGAUAGUAAACUAAUCAAAGAUAUCCACGAUACUUUGACGAGCAUGCUUCAAAUACUAGCGGACAACAAUCUGUCGCAAUGGUUGUCAUUGUGUAAAGACGUCCUCACGAUAGCUUCGGAAUCGAGCACAAUCGAGGAGGGCAACGCGGCAAAUGUGGAGGACAGCGCCGCCGAUAAUGAAUCGGCGGACGCCGAAGGGGAUGACGAUCAGGCUGAGUUCCAUGCCGACGAAUCCACGAAGCAGCGGCCGUCCGUCACACCGCGAUGGCCGACCAGAGUCUUCGCGGCGCAGUGCGUCAGGCGCAUCGUCGCGGCCUGCGUAAAUAAUAAGCAGGCGCAUUUUGAUCUCGCCUUGGCCAAGGAGAUGCAGCUGUCGAAGGGGAAAGGAGAUUUUCUGGUGCUGCAUCUGUCGGACUUGGUGCGCAUGGCGUUUAUGGCUGCGACGAGCGAUUGCGAUCCAUUGCGGCUCGAGGGUCUCAAAACUUUGCAAGAGAUCAUCGACAAAUUCGCCAAAGUUCCCGAACCAGAGUUUCCCGGGCAUCUGUUGCUUGAGCAGUUCCAGGCACAAGUUGGAGCUGCUCUAAGACCGGCAUUCUCCGCGGAAACACCGUCGCACGUCACAGCCGCGGCUUGCGAGGCUUGCAGCGCGUGGAUCGGCAGCGGCGUCGCUAGGGACCUCAACGAUCUACGAAGGGUGCAUCAGCUGCUCGUGUCGUCUCUAGAGAAAUUGAGGGAAGGUAAUACUCGGCCACAGCUCUACAACGAGAGCUUGUCGACGCUGGAGAGAUUGGCGAUCCUAAAAGCGUGGGCAGAGGUGUACGUAGUCGCAAUGAUAAGAGAUGGAUCCGCACUGAACAGCAAAGACACGGCUAAUCGAAAUGUGAAUCAAGCCGACGAGGCUAAUGAGGAGGAUUUUGGGGAGUUUGAGUUUCAAAGCGAAAGUUUGCUGAGUCUCGUCCAGCCGGAGCUUUUGAGUCUGAGUCAACAUUGGCUGUCUGCGUUGAGAGACCACGCGUUGCUUUCUUUGCCGCCAGAAUUCUCCAGCCAGCUGCCGCACGACGGCGGUGCGUUUUACACGACAGACACCAUGGAAUCCGCGCGUCCUCACUACGUAGAAUCGUGGGCGCCGAUUCUCCACGCCGCGACUCUCUGGCUCAACGCGCGGGGAUUUGAAAUUGGAGACAGUAGCCAGGAGAGAGCGGCGGCGAAUGCUACAAACAACAACAAUCACAGCAACAACAACAACAACAAUGAUGAAGCCGCAACUUCUACCACCAACACGAACAUCGAACGUUUCCAUUUGUUGUUCGGUAUAUGCAUGGAAGCUUUGUGCAGUCCUCGCUCUUCCGAAUCGCCGCAGAAUAUAGAGACGUGUUUAAAUGCUUUGUACACGCUACUCGAUUCAACAUGGGCGCGCAAAGUCUUCAUCGCGGAUCGUUCCUUGCCCAUCGAGUUGUGCAAUGUUCUGCAUAGAUUGCUUUUAACGCGGGAGAGUUACGUCAUUCAGAUGAUAGCGAUGGAGGUGCUGAAGCAAGUGAUGAAAGCAGCGCAAGAAGAUCUUGUUGCGAGGAAAAAAUUGAAGCUCAAAGAUGACGCAUCGGCACACCAAGAGAGCAACGAAACGUCGGAGCUGGAUCUGCUAGGCGAAGGAGAGGAAAGCGGCGAGCUCACGCCGGGCAAAUCGUUAGUAUUCGCUAUCCUAGAAGUAUGCUUGUGUCUUCUGGUGCGGCAGAUACCGGCGUUGAAUCCGAAUCCCGGCAGUGCGACUGCCAUUUUAUCGCAGAAGGGAUACGUACCGUCUGAGGAAAGCGGCAAGCUGAUCGCGCUGUCUCUUAAUAUAAUGGAAUCUCUUCCCACUUUGUGCUCUCCGCAAGGCGCGGUAGCGAUUCUCCCGACGUUGCUGUAUCUAGCAACGGGCGUGAUACGGGAAACCGCGGUGCGUGCGGACAACGAUACCAAACCGAGUUCGGAGGCGCCGGUCCAUGCCGCGUUGCACUGCGUCAAGAGUCUUACGAAUAUCAAGUACGCUCGAGAUCAUAGGAGUCGCGAGCAAUGGACAGGAUUACUGCGCAGCGCACUUGCCAAAAUCAUCGAUCUGGCCAAAACAGGAAAUGAUGAAACCAAGAUGGAUGAAGUAGCUAUGAUGCUGGGUAUCGCGGUAUUCGUGCUUCACGCAUCGCCCGAAGUAGUGAGCGCUCCGAAUCUUCAAUUCCCGUGCAUUAAUCACUUCCGACAUGCGUUCCAGUCUGAAAACCUGACGGUGAGGCUGAAAUGCGUGCAAACGUUAAAAACGAUAUUUUUGCAUCCGGAGCGCAACAUAAGUACUCCGUACAUUCACGCGCUCGCGCCACGACUGGUGGAAUACCUGUACAGCGACAGCAGCAAGCAGGUGACAAGCGACAUGGAACUAACCUUCACAUUAGAAUGCAUCAGCACGGUGGAAGCUCUCAUAGGACUCGCCGAUCUUCCUAACCGAGAUCUGUUGCAAGGUAUCCAAAUGCUGACUUUGCUCGUGCCGAUCUUGAUCAACUACUUGCUGGAGGAAGACGAGCUUCAGCGCGCUACUAAAUAUCAAGCGAACCUGCAUCAACAGAGUUUUCAAUGGCUCAACAAAAUCGGGCCGAAAUAUCCGCAGGAAUUCAAGACGCUGAUGUCACAAACGGCCGAGCUGAAAACCAAAUUGGAGAACGCCGUGAGAUCCAGUCAUCAGCAGGCGCAGCGACAUACUCGAUCGGAUUCUGUAAAACCGCAGAUCAAGAUAUCUGCGCCGUCAAUCAAAUUGAAGACCGACUUCUCCAAUUUCAACUAAGAGAGAUGGUGCAUCGU